CACAAAUGAACCAUCACGCACGGAAGAGUCUCAGGACCAUGCUCAGAACCAGAUUGAAUCGAACGGACGGGCAGCUUUACUUCCACGCAAUGGAAGUGCCACUAUUUGUCGCAGCAUUUCCAACAGCACCAUGCAACCGAAUGCUAAAUCCGGCCAAGCAGACCGAUUCCGACUGCCUGAGGAAGGUGAUCCAGAGGACGGUACAACCGAAGAUGACUACGAACUCGUACCGCCGGACGGUGGCUGGGGAUGGCUUGUACUGGCCGGUUCCAUGCUGGUGAACAUUCUCGUCCCGGGCACGAUCAAAAGCUUUGGUGUGCUGUUUGUGGAGUUUUUGGAAGCAUUCCAGGCAUCCCCAUCGUCGGCAGCCUGGAUUCCGGCACUUUGCUACUUUCUGUACAGCUCGCUGGGACCGCUUUCGAGUAUCCUGUCGGUGAAGUACAGCUACCGUACGGUUACGAUCGUCGGCGGAACGUUUGCGGCGGUCGGUAUGAUCAUCACGUUCUGGGCCACCUCGGUGAACUAUCUGUACAUCAGUUAUGGUGUGUUGGUGGGUACCGGAGCGGGUCUAUCCUUCCCGCCGACUGUUUACAUCGUAACGUCGUACUUCGUGAAGCUGCGCGGUCUUGCGAACGGGCUGUGCAUCUCAGGCAGUGCGCUCGGUUCGAUCAUCCUGCCACCGGUGUUGCGUUUCCUACUCGAGAACUAUGGUUAUCGGGGUGCCUGCCUCAUCAUGGGUGGUAUUACGCUGAAUGUAUGGGUGGCGGCCAUUUUUUACGAACCGGUCGAGAAACAUAUGAAGCGGGUCCGUAAGGUACAGCCGGAGGUGGAUGGCGAGGAACAGACGGCAGUGGUUCCAAAGUUCGCCAUUACCGGCGAUGACACUCCGACCAUCUCGACGCCCACGCUGGAGCACAAAUCUCCGGACAUAUUUCGCUUCAAUCCAAAGAAUGGACUCAUCGACAGUUUCGCCCGAAGCGCAUCGGCUGCAGCCGUCCCGGUUUCGUACGCACGGGAUCGAGAUGAUAUACUCGGUGCAGGAGUUGGUGGUGGUAAUCAACGGCAGCGGAAAAUAAGCACACCCAUCAAGGAGGAGCAUCGAAACCUUACCUUCACCAGCCAACUGAGCUCGAACUCGUUCCUUGGCAACGAGGGCACACUGGGUUCGUACUUCCGCCUCAACCGACUGAACUCGAUACGCAGUGGAAUCGGUCAGCAGGGAAGUGGCGGGCAACAGUUGCAACAUCGACCACCGAAGCGUUCCCCAUCGACCAGCAGCUUCCAGUACAUGAGCACACCGUUCCACGGCAGCACACUCUCCACUCAUCAGCCGAAAGAGUUCGCAUCCCAUCUGUCGCUGCGUUCGUUCGGUGGCAGUGUAUCGCGGGGCAAAGCAUCUGCCCCGGAAGAAGACAAAGCGGACCGAAACAAACCGGAUAAGAAAAGCGAUAAGACGUUCUUCGAUCUGUCGUUGCUUAGCGAUCCGGCCUACCUCGUGAUCCUGAUCUCGAACUCAACGAACGCGAUCGGUUACACUAACUUUAUCAUUCUUCUGCCGGCAUACGCCAUUUCGCUCGGGUUUGACAAGAGUUUGGCCGCGUACCUGCUAUCGAUCGUGUCGACGCUGGAUCUGGUCGGCCGCAUUGGUGGAUCGGCCCUGUCCGACACCAAUCUCAUCCCCAAGACGUGGUACUUCGUUGGUGGUUUGUCGAUAUCGGGCUUAGCGCUUGCACUGUUACCAACCGUGAGCGACUACACAAUGGUGAGCGUGUUUUGCGGCUUGUUUGGGCUCGCUUCCGGUACGUACGUCGGCAUCACGGCGGUCAUUAUGGCGGAUAUGUUGGGUACCGAGCGCCUUACCUCAUCGUACGGCAUUAGUCUGUUCGUAAACGGCAUCCUACAACUGAUUGGACCGCCGAUCUGUGGAGUGAUCUUCGAACGGAUGGGUCUAUACCAACCGCUGUUCACGGCGCUCGGUUUUGUGCUGCUCGGCGGGUCGGCCCUGUGGGGCUUUAUGCCUUUGAUUAAUCGCCAGAAGCGCAGAAAAGCGCAGGCAGAGGCUAAAGUGGCAGCAGAAGCCACGAAGGUACUUGCUGAUCAUCCACAGCAACCGUUUGACGAGGACGAUGAUGUGCCGUUGCAGUUGAAACGCGAUUUAGUGGACAAGUCACUUGUCGCUUAGAAGAAGAAAUGGAAUUUUAUGCAGCAUUUUCGCACUUAAUGACAAUUUCGCUCAAUGCGCCAGCCACAGGUAGUAACGAAGGGAGUAAGAUUCCACUCUGAGACGGAAACGAGUUGAGGAAACAGAGCUAGGGUAGGUGAAUGCAGUAGAUGACAAACGGUAGGUAGUGUUAGAAGAAGCAGAACCAACUAAAGUGACCAUAUACUAGAUAGGAAUACGACCGGAAACAGCAGUAGGAGAAACACAUAGAAAUACAUUAACGUAAGUGAACAGUGGCCAUCAAGCUCAAAGCGGAGAAAGUCUAAUCGAUCCGACGCUCGAACACAAAGGGAUACAGCGCUGGGACAGGGAUCAAAAUCGGAUCCAUUAGUAUUAAUUAUUCGUAUGGCGUACCCCGAGAGACUCGCAGGUGAUGUUCUCAUUCGGACUAUUCGUAUUGGACGUGUUCGUUUUUUAAACAAUCGAUAUUUCUCUGACCAUUUCAUCUACACGUUUCACGCGUGCCUCACGAACGUUGGGACUAUGCUAUAAAUCAAUCGUAAUGCUGUGCUGAAACAGGACUAACACGAUCCGUGAACGUGUGAUCUAUUAGGAUGUGUGACAGUGAGAGUGUAACUCCAAUGAAUGUGUCAGUUUUAGAGCUUUUUAUUCCCUGUGUCCAUUUAAAACGAAACAUUUCCUGCUCUUGACGAGUUUGCGAUACAGGAUAACGGUUGAUACAGUAAGCGGGAUGUCGUCAUAUGCAUGAAAGUAUUGUUUAGAAGAGUUUACAACCGUAAGCGUUUGACCAAGAGCCUAUUAGCUAUCUAUAUAGAUUGUGUGUUAUUUUGUCCCUCCCUCCCGUUUUGUGUACUUCUUUAUGUCUCACUCUGUAGGUGUGUUUGCGUAUUUGUGUGUGAUAUGAAUGGAUGAGCGCGGUUCACAAUCAGGAUCACCACUGAGCAAGCAUACCAAAAUAAGCAAGCGGCAUUCAACGGAUGAUAAAGUGGGAGAGAAAGAUAUUUAGAGCGUUACAUAGUGUGAUGAGUACAUAGAAAAAUAAACCAUAAAAUAUACCGUUUACUUUUUGUUUGCCACUAAAACGGAACUAAAACAGGAUGUAGAUAAAACUACCGAUAAAAUAUAGAACAAACCAUA